AUGCAGCCUGCUCAAAGUCCUCCAGUAGCCCCGCCCUCGGUACCGGCCGCGGCGCCCAAGAAGACCCCGAUUGAUAUAUCUGCGCUAAAGCUCAAGAUGUCGCCCAGUGUUCGAGCAACCCUGGCUGCUGCUGGUGUGCUUGCGCAGUGCCCUCGGUCGAUUGAGGCAGCUGACGAGGAUGCGCUGCUUAAGCUGAAGCCAAUGAAGACAAUGGUGCCCCCCGUCAAGAAAGUUGUGGCGCCUGUUGCAACGACGGCUCCGCCGCCGAAGGUGCGCCGUGUCGAGAGCAGCUCCACCUCAUCGUCCGACAGCUCGUCUUCGUCCUCCAAUGACGACUCCAGCAGUGACGGCAGCUCCGACUCGGACUCUUCGUCCUACUCCUCCGACGAUCGCUCCUCCUCGUCGGCUGAGUCGGUGGUAUCAGGGGAGGCAACGCUCUUCCACAUUGCACAGUCUCAAGGCCUGGUGAACAGGGAGAUCCUGACACAGGAAGAGGAGGAAGUCCCCACGCUGGUGCCUCCGCGUCCUCCGGUGGUGCGAUCCUUCCCCAAUGACAUUGGCAAGGCUCUGGUGCGUUACCGGGAACGACUCAACCGCGAGGAGAACAUCAUUCGCAUUAAGGAUGACAACAAGGCUGUGUCGCUCGGCACCAGUAAAAUCAACUACAUCGACCCCCGCAUCAUCUGCUCGUGGGCAAAGGCGCAAGACGUGCCGAUCAACAAGAUCUUCUCUGCAACCAUUCAGAAGAAGUUCCCGUGGGCUAUGAACGCCGAGAACUUCGAUUUUUGA